GCGCACCAGCUUCAUUUCCUAUUGCGUACCCAUCGGUUUGUGUUCUGCUGCUGAUAAAUUAGGCGGGCAUUUGCGUGAAAUUCAAAUACCCACCAAACCCUAGAAGGUCCCAUUUCUCCCUCCUCUCUCUCUCUCUCUCUCUCUCUCUGGACUUUCUCUAUUUUUUUUUUUUUUUUUUAAGCUUUUGUUUUUUUUUUUCCUUCGUGUGUUGGCUCUGUAAAUCGCGAGGGAAAGCUCUGCGAUGAGGGUUUCGCGCUUGUGAUGGAGUUAAGAAACGAUUUCUGAUGGUUUCUUCUUCGUGAUUCCUAAAGGGAAGUUGAUUGAAAUGGCUGCGGAGAUCGUUAAUCAUGUUCACUGAGGAUUGCUUAAGUUAUUUUUUAGUUGAAAAAUUGAAGAUCUAUUACGGGAAAGAGACUUAGUUGAGCACAAAAUUUUGGUAAAAGGGAAAAAGAGGAGGAAAAUAUUAUGGGAAAAGUUUCUCCAAAAGAUAGGGGGUCGAAGACUCCCAAACAGAAGAGGCGAUUACGGAGCUCCAGCAACAAGUAUUUGAGGCCUGGUGCUCUUGCUCAACUUCGGUAUAAUAAGGCUUCAGCUGCUAAAUCUUGUACUGAUCUUGGGAAGAAAAGAGUGGCUGUUCUCGAUGCGAUUAAGAUUGCCAAUGAUGAUGUUUCGCUUCAAACUAAGGAUUUUGAGAAAACCCCUUUGAUGUUAUCACCUGUAGAUUUGCGGAAGCAGAAUAAUUUGGUGAGAACUCCGAAGACUCCCCAGCCUGAUGACUCUGACUCUGAGUCUAGACUUGAGUCUCUCCCAAUGGAUUUACUGGUCAAAAUUUUAUGCCACUUGCAUCAUGACCAACUGCGAGCAGUUUUUCACGUUUCUGAAAGGAUUAGAAAGGCUGUUUUGCUUGCUAGGCAGUUCCACUUUAAUUACACAACCCCUGAUCGCUCUAGACAGGAGAUGUUGAGCACAAUGACUCCACUCCCAACAGAACACUGGCCGUUCAUAAGAAAAAGAGGUGGAAAGAACAUCUGUAUACGAAGCCCACACACCCCCAAGGCACCGAAGCAAGGCCCUCGGCCUCCACGAACCAAACUAGCUGAGAUGAGGCAGAUUACUGCUGUUCUCUUUCCGGAGUCAGCAUUUCCUUCAAGAUGCAUGGUGCCGUCCGUUUUGGCAUCAAGUCGGGUUUUGUUCUACGAGGAUGAGUUAUGCCAGGCUGUUGCUCAGAAUAAACUUCUGUAAUUUUUUUGUGGUUUGCUCUGGUUUUGUCUGUAUAGUUUUAGCGUCCCUAAAGAUAGUCAUCUCUAGAUAAGGAAGGAUGCUGUUUGUAGUUUUUCUUGGGCAGUUUUGGUUGUUUGAUGCAUCUGAUUUGCCUUCUGGAGUGGUCAAAAAUUUAUAUGCGAUGGUUAUGGGAAUAACAUGUAAUAGGCUGGUUACUUGUGUAUAGUUUUCUUUGUUUUGGGACUGGUUGGCCAAUUGCUGCGUUUUAUAAUGAACACUAGUUUUUUAAGUGCAUUUGAUUGUCUUAUUAUUAUUAUUAUUCAAUUUUUACUUCAAAA